AUGGCGGCCCAGACCCCAACAUCAGCUCAAGCCCAGGCUAACCAGGGCAGCUGGGGAGCUUUCCUCAAGUCCAUCGCCUCCUUCAACGGUGACCUCUCCUCCCUGACGGCCCCGCCCUUCAUCCUCUCCAGCACCUCCCUGACCGAAUUCUCCUCCUACUGGUGCGAACACCCCUCCAUCUUUGCCGCCCCGGCAAAGGAGGCAGACCCAGCCAAGCGCGCCCUGCUCGUCACAAAGUGGUUCAUCAGCACCCUCAAGCAGCAGUACGCUUCCCGCAGCGAGCAAUACGGCAACGAGAAGAAGCCCCUCAACCCUUUCCUCGGCGAGCUGUUCCUCGGAAAGUGGGAGGACGAUGCUGGCACAACGGAGCUCAUCAGUGAGCAGACCCAAACCGAGGCUCAGAAUGCUGAUCGUCCUUCUCUCAACAGUCACCACCCACCCGCGACAGCCUACUCCAUCACCAACCUCCCCACUGGCGUCCACCUCGAGGGCUACAACGCACAAAAAGCAACCUUCAGCCGCACAAUCAACAUCAAGCAAAUCGGUCACGCCGUCCUGACCAUCCCAACCCCAGAUGGGAAGAAGGAGACCUACCUCAUCACCCUCCCCGCCCUCCACAUCGAAGGCCUUAUCUUCGGCGCCCCCUUUAUCGAGCUCGAGGGCACUUCCUUCAUCACCUCCUCCUCGGGAUACACCUCCAAGAUCGACUACUCAGGCAAGGGCUGGCUCUCGGGCAAGAAGAACAGCGUCAUCGCCUCCGUCUACCCAACAGGCAAGGAAAAGGACGUGGCCUACAACAUCACAGGUGUCUGGACCAAAUCCUUCGAGAUCCACGAGGGCGCCGCAAAGCACAACUCGUCAAAGACCCUCAUCGACACUUACGACGCAGCGCAGCACCCGACCUCCAAGCUCAUCGUCGCCCCCCUCGACAAGCAGCACCCGCUCGAGUCUCGCCGCGCCUGGAAGGGCGUCGCCGAUGGCAUUGCAAAGGGCGACAUGGACUUCGUCAGCCGCGAAAAGUCCGCCAUUGAAAAGGCGCAGCGCGACCUUCGCGCGAAGGAGAAGACGGAGGGACGCUCGUGGGAGCGCAGGUACUUCACCGAUCGCCAGGGCGCCGGCGACGCCGUGCUCGAGUCCCUCGGUGCCGCCGUCGGUCUGCCUGCCACGGGCGACGCGGACAAGACUGGUGGUCUGUGGCGGUACGAUGCCGAGAAGGCGGAUAAGGUCCGCAGCCAGGCGGCGCUGAGCGAGGCGGACCAGGCCAAGAUUGCGGGGGAGAUUUUGGGACAGCAAAAAUCAUCAUGA